AUGUCUUUCCCCUUAGAUGAACUUUCCAAUGCAUUUUCAAUGGAAGGAGCUUCUCCAGAGGCGGCACAGCAGGAGAAGCAGCAGCAAAAACCACAACAACCUCAUCACUCUGCUGCGGUGGCAGCAGAACCUCUGGCUGGAGAUGAGACUGCAUUGUUCGGUCCUUUUCGUGCAUCAACUGAUUAUUCAUCACUUUCGAACCUUCAUACAACAGAGGCAGGAGCAUCUAUACAAGCAGCAGUAGCCCCUGCCACUCCGUUCGGGGUUAGUGACGCAUUCGGGGAGUGGGCCUCGGCGUCGGCAGCCGAGCAUCAACCCCAGCAGCAAAUACAGCAUUAUCAACAGCAGCAGGAGCAGGAACAAGCUUUUGGGGACUUGGGCAAUUCGGAUGGCGGGAAUCAUCCGUUUAAUAGGGGAGAAUCCUUGAGAGAUGGGAAUCAGGGUUCCGUUGCUGAGGUCGUGAAUCAGGGCGGCAGCGACAGCGACACAGCCAUUAACAACGCCCAAAGCUGGAACAGACGCAAUAGCCCCCAAAUGCCAGUAGAUGCGCAAGCGCCUGCGAGCUUCUCCGGCAUUGUUGCUGCCUUGGGUGCUGAUUCUGGUCGUUCUGCUACGACUACUGAUGCCCCUGCGGAUACGUCUGUUACUAUUGUUGCCCCUGAGCCAGCAGCAUAUACUGUGCGAAGUAGUUCUAAAGAGUUCUCUGCGAUCCCUAGGUCUCCUGCACCAGCAACAACACCAGCCUCUGCAACGGAAUCCCCACAAAUGCGUGUGCUAGGAGACGCAAAAGCUGUACAUCUAGCAGCCGCAGCAGAGGAGGCGAGCGGAUUGCAAGGGACCCGUUCACACGCUUCUUCACAUAAUCUCUCCAGAAUUGUGUAUUCCGGGGCACUUAACAACGAAGGUGCCGUGCAUGUUUCAGCGCCCCAAGAUUCAACUGUGGUCACUGAAGAUUCAACUGUGGUCACUGAAGCGGCUCCUGAGGCUGGGAGUCCUGUUGCGUUUGCAGCUCUUGCCUCUGCCGCUUCCCCGGAUGAGGUUAGAGUUUCUGCUCUUUCGGGAGACCCCUCAAAAGCUUCUUCUCCAGGAGAUGCGUCAGGAAUCCCGACGGAUUCCGAUUUGACCCAGAGGACACUAGACGCUGCUCCGGUACAUGCAUCAGCUGCUGCGGCUGCUGCUGUCGCGCAAGAGACAGCAGCUCCAACAGUUACAACUUUUGCUUCCACAAAACCGUCCAGCACUGCCCCCGUUGCUUUAUCAACAAGGCCGGUUUCUGCACAUGCAGGAGGAGUAGCAGGUGAUAAAGGCCCAACGGUUACAGAUACAGUAGCUGGAGCACCAGAAACCGCAGCAGCAUAUUCAUCUCAGGCGGGGGCAGUCCAUGACUGGGAGGCGGUAGAGCGCUUGAGCCAGAAGUACCGACAGUUGAAGAAGCAGAACACCCUUCUUAAGGAAGCUCUUCGACAGCAGCAAAAACAGCAGCAGGAACAGCAGCAGCAGCAACAACAACAGGGGGGGGAGCAGCAUCAAUCGCAACAACAGCAACAGCAGCAGCAACAACAGCGGCAGCAAGAAGAGCCGCAGGGGCUUGUGAGCCAACUGCAGCAGCAGGUGGCGCUGGGGGAGUUUACGCAACGCCAGCUCCUGGACGACUUGGAUACUACGCAACGGGAAUUGAAGCGGCACAAACAGCAGCUGCAGCAGUUGCAGCAACAGCUGCAGCAACAACAUUUACUUCUACUUAAAACGGGAGCCACUUCUCCGGCUGGAAGUGCCGCAGCAAGCAGCUGGGGGUUGUCGUUACUGGGGGGCGGUAGUGCAGCGGCUAAGGAUGCUGAACUGAAGGCACUCCAGCAGCAAGUCGAGGUGUUACGGGAGGAAUUGCAGCUCAAGAUAGAGGAGAACGAGCGGUUACACUUAGAGGCGUUUGAGGAAAGACAGCAGCAGCAGCAACAACAACAACAACUCGAGGCUACUAUUCGUUUGUUACAGCAACAGCAAGAGGAUGCGCAGCAGCAACAACAACAGCAGGCUGCCGACUCCGCAGAGCGGCAAAGGCAGUACGACCGACUACACCAACACCAAGAAGAGAAGAUAAGACAGCAACAGCAGGAGUUGGCGCGUGCUCACGACCAAGAACAGCUGCUCCUACAACGAGCCAAAGAAGACCAGCAGCAAUUUUUGCUUUGCCAGCAGCAACUGCGACAAGAGCAGCAGCAAGCCGUUGCCUACUAUAGUACCUUGCUUGGCUGCGACUACACGCGGAUGCCUCUUCUGCGCUGUCUGGAUUUGCCAUCCGGGGGCUAUGCUACUGCAGCAGCCGCAGCAGUAGCAGCACAAGAGGAGCUGCUGCGGCUCAUUGCUGCUGCUCUAGGGGAUCUACAGCACAUGUUACAGUGUUGGGCAGCUAGCCUAGAAGUUUCAGCAGGAACUGGAGCAGAGCAAGGCAUUGAUGGCCUCUCCGCGAAUAGCGUAGACUAUUUGGAUGCAGAAACACCCUCCAACCGCCUUCCUCGGUCUCUAGGUCUGGCCUGGCGUAUACGAACCGCAACGCGGCAGGCUCGCCGAGCCGCCAUGGAUUCUGUAGCGUCCAUUUCUACGGUGUCAUCAAUCCUAGAGCGUGCUGCUAAUGCUGUUGGUGCCACUGCUCAACCUGUGACCCAACGAAUCCACAUCAGAUGUGACGACUUCAUAGAGAAGUUGCACAAGGAAACUGACAAGCUCAGUACUGCAUUUACUCGGUUUGUCUCCCUGACUCUCCUGGCCGUCUCGCUGCAGUACGAUGCUCUUAGCGGCCCCCAGCAACAAAAUCGGCAGAAGAGGCAGCAGCUGAAUGCAGAGAAAGGAAGCGACAAUGGCAGCGUUUCGGAUCCUUUCGGGCAAGGAGCUCACGUCCUUUCGGCGUUACUGGAAGAGUUGCAGCGAGGCUCAGCAGCCUUGGCAGCUGUUGCUAAUGCUGCAUCUGCCUUCAUGAAGGCUGGGAAAACCAACAGGAGGACAGGUGGCGACAACCACGUCGCUGCAGACACCCAGGCGUUGUCUAAACAGCAUUUUGCCGAGUUAACUGCUGCAUUAGAAUAUCCUCAAGAGGAGCAGCAACAGGAAGUGCUACGGGUGUCUGACAUGCUUCCGCGGAAGUCCCAUGACAUAGCGCUACAGUCCACGCCUUUUCUUUCGGCGAAAGAACAACAACAACGCCAACACGUAGAUCUAAGUAUGCCCUUUCCGUGGCGCGGCUGUUCGCCGCUGCCGCCUCCGCGGCAGCAGUUGGACGAACAAGAACUUCCUCGGUCUGGAUGCAGCAAAUGGCUGCAACAGUUGGGGAGCUGUAGUGGGGCAGCAGCAGCUGCAGGCCUUACAUUAUCCGGAUGGCGCGGAACAGCAAUAGCAACGAAAGAGCGGCUGUUGCAACUUCUUGUCCAGAAGCUAACGGCUCUCCUACAGACAUUCCGUGAGUUGCAUGUGCAGCUGCUGGUUUUGCUGCAUUUGGUGCAGAAGCAGCCGAUUAACCGGAUCAUUACACACAUAUCAGCAACAGCAGAGAGGGCAGAAAGCGUAGCAGGCCCACUGCAACCAGUUCGCCAGCGCCGUUGUGAUCAGGCAGUUUGGCUCUCUGCUUGGCUGGUCGUGUGCGACGCCCUGCGGACCUUGUUGAUGGACAGCUUCUACUGCUCUCCGGUGAGCAGUGUAGACGGAGGCUUAUCCCGUUUGCUGCAGCACUCAAAGCUGCUCUUGCAGUUGCAGCGCUGCCCCGCAUAUGCUGCUCUCAGAUCAGAGGCUGUGGACGAAGUUGCUGCAGUCGGUCUCAGGGGCGCCUCGCAGGCGCGCGCUAUUCUCUUGAGCUCCGGCGAGAAGAUUUCGACUCGAGACGCCCGUCAACUCAUAAGCAAACAACAUGCAGCGGAAGCGGAAGUCGCUGCGGCGGUGGCUGAGGUGCGUCUUCUGGAGGAGCGAAUGGCUGAAGCAAACAAGGGAGCAGCGCAGCUCCGGGAAGCACAAACCGCAGUGGCACUGCUGCAGGCAGAGGUUGUACGGCUCAAAAAACAAGCAUACAGUACAGGGGGGAGCAUCACAACCGACACAUCCCCUACAAGGAGCAGCAGCAGCCGUUGUUCCGCACAGCUGGACGUUGGUGCUGCUUUGCUACCAGGGCCUACUAUCCCUUCUUUUGCUGCUGGAGAGUUGUCCCCGUUUGUUGCUUCUAAAGGCUCCACAUCAGCAGGUGAUGCCGCUGCCGAGGGUUUCGCUUGGCCUACCAGCGCAACUACAUCGAAUGCGGCAGACUCAGUAGAACAAGGAACGGCUUUGACGGGCCUCCGUAUUCCUACUGAAGAGCGAGACGGUGUAUACGCGCAGCAGCUGCUGCUGCUACAACAGAAGCUGCAAGCUGAGGCUGCAGCUCUAAGCAUCCUGAAGAUGCAGCUUAGCAGCGCUUUCAAGGCUGUUCAUGCACUUGAGGAUCAGCGAGCUGCUCUUCGUCACGAGCUGCGUCGCUCGAAAGAGGAAGCAGCGGCAGCAGCUGCUGCUGCUGUUGCAGCAGCAACGGAGACAGCAGCAAGCGCUCGCCUUGCAGAGGAAAACUACUCGCAACAGUUACGGCUGCUCUCCCUGCAUGUGGCUGAGACACAUGAAAAAAAUAAAGAAACGCAGCGAAAGCUCGCGGGCCUGCUAAAGCACAAAAUACUUUGUGGACGAUGCGGAGUCUGGAACCCCUUGAGCGACCUGCUGGUGGAGGGCCAGUCAUGGGGCUGUUGCGUGAUGUGCAGCGGCAGAGUGACGGAGCGCCCAUUCUAG